UCUACUCCAGCCCCACCCGAUCUAACUCCCCAGACCCCACCUCAGACCCCCCGCCUCCGUCUCCGGCGAUCGGACGACCCGAACGGCCCUCCCACUUGGCAAUCUUCCCUGUUUCCUCUCCGGACAGUCAACCGGACUGUCCAAUAUUGGCCAUUUUCUGCAUCCGAUCUCUAUAAUUGGAAAACUCAUAACCCUUCCUUUUCCCAAGAACCCCAGGCCCUAACCUCACUAAUAGAGUCUAUCCUCCUCACACACCAGCCUACCUGGGACGACUGCCAGCAGCUCUUACAGGUCCUUUUGACUACCGAGGAAAGGCAACGAGUUCUCCUGGAGGCCCGGAAAAAUGUGCCGGGGCCUGGAGGUCUUCCAACUCAGCUUCCCAAUGAAAUAGAUGAAGGGUUUCCCCUCACCCGCCCAGACUGGGACUAUGAAACGGCUCCAGGUAGGGAGAGUCUCCGAAUCUAUCGCCAGGCUCUGUUGGCGGGUCUCAAGGGGGCAGGGAAACGGCCCACCAAUUUGGCCAAGGUAAGGACCAUAAUCCAAGGAAAAGAGGAGAGCCCCGCAGCCUUUAUGGAACGGCUUCUAGAGGGGUUUCGGAUGUAUACUCCAUUUAACCCCGAGGCUCCAGAACAUAAGGCUACCGUGGCCAUGUCAUUCAUAGAUCAGGCAGCGUCUGAUAUAAAAGGAAAGCUCCAACGGCUAGAUGGGAUUCAAACCUAUGGGUUGCAGGAACUAGUUAGGGAGGCAGAAAAGGUAUAUAACAAAAGGGAGACCCCAGAAGAAAAGGAGGCUAGGCUAGCAAAAGAGCAGGAAGCACAGGAGGAACGAAGAGAUCGAAAGAGAGAUAAACAUCUAACAAAAAUCCUGGCAGCUGUAGUGACAGAAAAUAGAACAGGAAAGUCAGGGGAAACGAAGAGGCGGCCCAAAAUAGAAAAAGACCAAUGUGCCUAUUGCAAAGAGCGCGGGCACUGAAUCAAAGACUGCCCUAAGCGCCUUAGAGACUCAAAGAAAUCUACCCCCAUACUCACCUUGGGCGAAGAGAGAGAGUAGGGGCGUCAGGGCUCUGGAGCCCCCCCCGAGCCCCGGCUAACUUUAUCUGUAGGGGGGCAUCCCACCACCUUCCUGGUGGACACAGGAGCUCAGCACUCGGUCCUAACCAAGGCAAACGGGCCUCUGUCCUCUCGUACCUCUUGGGUUCAAGGAGCGACAGGAAGAAAAAUUCACAAAUGGACUAACUACCGUACGGUUGAUUUAGGGCAAGGGACAGUGACACACUCUUUUCUGGUAGUACCCGAAUGCCCAUACCCCCUUUUAGGACGAGACCUCCUAACCAAGCUUGGAGUUCAGAUCCAUUUCUCCAAAGCGGGGGCCCAAGUGCUAAACCGGGAUGGCCAGCCUAUCCAAGUCUUAACUGUGUCCUUACAAGACGAACACAGACUUUUUGAAACCCCGGUCACCACUAACCUCCUCGAAGCCUGGCUGCAGGACUUUCCCCAGGCCUGGGCAGAAACGGGAGGGCUUGGUCGAGCCAAAUGCCAGGCCCCAAUCAUAAUUGACCUAAAGCCCACGGCAAUGCCUGUAUCUAUCAGGCAGUAUCCCAUGAGCAAGGAGGCUCAUAUGGGCAUUCAGCCACACAUUACCAGAUUUCUAGAGCUUGGGGUCCUGCGACCUUGCCGCUCACCUUGGAAUACCCCUCUCUUACCAGUGAAAAAACCUGGUACUCGAGACUACAGGCCUGUCCAAGACUUAAGGGAGGUCAACAAAAGGACUAUGGAUAUCCAUCCUACGGUCCCCAAUCCCUAUAACUUGCUCAGCACCCUGAGCCCAGACCGUACCUGGUACACAGUACUGGACCUAAAAGAUGCAUUCUUUUGUUUACCCUUGGCCCCCCAGAGCCAAGAACUGUUUGCUUUCGAAUGGAGGGACCCUAAAAGAGGAAUCUCAGGCCAAUUAACCUGGACCCGCUUACCCCAAGGGUUCAAAAACUCCCCCACUCUCUUUGAUGAGGCUCUUCACAGGGACCUAACUGACUUCCGGACUCAACAUCCAGAAGUAACACUACUCCAAUAUGUGGAUGACCUUCUUCUGGCCGCCCCCACAAAAGAAGCCUGCAUACUAGGUACCAGACAUCUGCUCCGGGAAUUAGGAGAAAAAGGAUACCGGGCAUCCGCCAAGAAGGCCCAGAUUUGCCAAACCAAGGUAACCUACCUGGGGUACAUACUGAGUGAGGGGAAAAGAUGGCUCACCCCUGGGCGAAUAGAAACUGUGGCUCGCAUUCCGCCGCCCCAGAACCCCAGAGAGGUACGUGAAUUCCUGGGAACUGCUGGGUUCUGUCGCUUAUGGAUACCUGGGUUCGCUGAGCUAGCCGCCCCCCUCUAUGCCCUCACGAAAGAGAGUGCACCCUUCACCUGGCAGGAAAAACAUCAGUCAGCCUUUGAGGCCCUAAAAGAGGCCCUCCUCUCCGCCCCGGCUCUCGGGUUGCCAGACACCUCCAAGCCCUUUACCCUUUUCAUAGACGAGAAACAAGGAAUUGCCAAAGGAGUUCUAACCCAAAAAUUAGGGCCCUGGAAGAGGCCAGUAGCAUACCUGUCCAAAAAGUUGGACCCUGUGGCAGCGGGGUGGCCCCCAUGUCUUCGUAUCAUGGCAGCCACUGCUAUGCUGGUCAAGGACUCUGCCAAAUUAACCCUUGGACAGCCACUAACUGUUAUCACCCCGCAUGCUUUAGAGGCCGUAGUGCGGCAGCCACCGGACCGAUGGAUAACCAACGCACGCCUAACUCACUACCAGGCCCUCCUACUGGACACAGACCGCAUCCAAUUUGGACCUCCGGUUACCUUGAACCCUGCCACGUUGCUACCGGCACCGGAAGACCAACAGAGCGCACACGAUUGCCGGCAAGUACUGGCUGAGAUCCAUGGGACACGGGAAGAUCUUAAAGAUCAAGAGCUCCCAGAUGCGGAUCACUCUUGGUAUACGGACGGGAGCAGUUACAUCGACUCAGGUACCCGGAGGGCGGGAGCAGCGGUAGUAGAUGGCCACCACAUCAUAUGGGCACAAUCACUACCUCCUGGCACGUCUGCCCAAAAGGCUGAGCUGAUAGCGCUCACCAAGGCCCUAGAGCUAUCCGAAGGGAAAAAGGCUAACAUAUACACAGAUAGCCGAUAUGCCUUUGCAACGGCUCAUACACAUGGGAGUAUUUAUGAAAGAAGGGGCCUACUAACCUCAGAAGGAAAAGAAAUUAAAAACAAAGCUGAAAUCAUUGCAUUAUUAAAGGCCCUUUUUCUUCCUCAAAGAGUAGCCAUAAUUCAUUGCCCCGGGCAUCAGAAAGGACAAGGCCCAAUUGCAACAGGAAAUAGACAGGCAGACCAAGUAGCCAGGCAAGUCGCUGCCAUAGGGGCUGUACUGAAUCAGGACACUAAAGACUGGGAAAAAGAAGGAAAGAUAGUCCUUCCCCGAAAGGAAGCCCUGGCAAUGAUCCAACAAAUGCACGCCUGGACACAUUUAAGUAAUCAGAAGCUGAAGUCACUGAUUGAAAAAACUGACUUCUUAAUCCCUAAGGCAGGCACCCUCAUAGAACAGGUGACCUCCGCCUGUAAGGUCUGUCAACAGGUAAACGCUGGGGCUACCCGAGUGCCAGAAGGAAAACGGACUCGUGGUAACCGCCCAGGAGUCUAUUGGGAAAUAGACUUUACUGAAGUAAAGCCUCACUAUGCGGGGUAUAAGUACUUAUUAGUGUUUGUAGACACCUUUUCAGGAUGGGUAGAAGCCUACCCCACCCGACAAGAAACGGCACACGUGGUAGCCAAGAAGAUUUUAGAAGAAAUCUUCCCCAGAUUUGGACUUCCCAAGGUAAUCGGGUCAGAUAACGGGCCGGCCUUCGUUUCCCAGGUAAGUCAGGGGCUCGCCAGGACACUGGGGAUUAAUUGGAAAUUACACUGUGCAUAUAGGCCCCAGAGCUCAGGACAGGUAGAAAGAAUGAAUAGAACAAUAAAAGAGACCCUUACUAAAUUGACCUUAGAGACUGGCUUAAAAGAUUGGAGACGCCUCCUAUCUCUGGCCUUGUUAAGAGCCAGAAAUACACCCAACCGUUUCGGGCUCACCCCAUAUGAAAUCCUUUAUGGGGGACCCCCCCCUUUUUCCCGACUAAAAGGGCUGCAAGCGGUGCAGGCCCAAAUCUGGACACCCCUGGCCGAACUGUAUCGGCCAGGACAUCCACAAACUAGCCACCCAUUUCAGGUAGGAGACUCCGUGUAAGUCCGGCGGCACCGCUCUCAAGGAUUGGAGCCUCGUUGGAAGGGACCUUACAUCGUCCUGCUGACCACGCCCACCGCCAUAAAGGUUGACGGGAUUGCCGCCUGGAUUCACGCAUCGCACGCCAAAGCAGCCCCAAAAACCCCUGGACCAGAAACUCCCAAAACCUGGAAGCUCCACCGUUCGGAGAACCCUCUUAAGAUAAGACUCUCCCGUGUCUGACUGCUAAUCCACCCUGUCCCUGCACGAACCCAAAAUGAAACCCCCAGCAGGAAUGGUCUUUCUGUGGGUCCUCACAAGCUUGGGGGCGGGAAUUGGAGCUAAAAUUGUCAAAGAGGGGAACCCACAUCAGGUUUACACCUUGACUUGGCAAAUCUACUCCCAGAGUGGGGAAGUUGUCUGGGAGGUCCAAGGUAACCAUGCGCUUAACACUUGGUGGCCCCCACUUACCCCUGAUUUUUGCCAGCUGGCAGCUGGACUAGACACUUGGGAUAUCCCCCUGGUUUACCACUUUAGUCUCCUCCCUCAUGGGCCCCUUAAUACUCCUACUAUUAAUACUGGUGUUCGGACCCUGCAUCCUUAACCGCUUGGUACAGUUCAUAAGAGAAAGACUCUCUGUCAUCCAGGCCUUGGUUCUAACCCAACAGUACCACCAACUAAGACAAUUUGAUGCAGAAAGGCCAGAUACAA